GCUAAGCAUUAUACAUUUCACAUUCCGAAAUUCACACAGUUGCAUAUUAGAAACUGAAUUGUUAGAGUAUAAAACAGAUUAGAACGACAGAUUUGAACUUUCUGUUCUUGGAUAGAUCAUAACUCAGGUUAGAAAACGUUCAGUUUAAAUAUUACCUCGGAUUUGUUUAUGGCACAUAAGGAGUUAGGAGUAUCAGAAAAUUUCCUGUUGAAUAGAAACGAGACCAGUGCUUAGGGCUAGUUACAGAUGGCCUUUCUCUUUCUGCCUGUGAGCGGGAGGUUGGCAAUCACAAGUUUAGCAGCGUCUUGUCACUCCUCUAGCAAAAAGUCCUCUGGGCGUUACUUCUCCAUUUAUACAACUCCACUCCUUAUUUGUAAUUCUCAAUGAAUAAGGAUUAUACGGGGCAUGAUCUGCGUCAGUAGCCAUCAGCACUCGCCAUGCAGAACAACCAAAAAGAACAUCUUUACAAGAUUUUAGUAAUCGGGGAUUUAGGAGUGGGGAAGACUAGCAUUAUCAAGCGCUAUGUCCACCAAAAUUACUCCCCGAAUUACAGAGCUACCAUCGGUGUAGACUUCGCACUGAAAGUUUUGAACUGGGAUACAGAAACUAUUAGACUGCAGUUAUGGGACAUAGCAGGUCAAGAGAGGUUUGGAAACAUGACACGUGUUUAUUACCGAGAAGCCAUGGGGGCAUUUAUUGUCUUUGACGUGACAAGACCCUCAACAUUUGAAGCAGUGACAAAAUGGAAGGAGGACCUGGACUCAAAACUGACUCUAUCUAAUGGCAAUAAUGUUGCUACAGUGCUCCUGGCAAACAAAUGUGAUCAAGGGAGAGACGUGUUAACAAACAAUGGGAUCAAGAUGGACCAAUUCUGCAAAGAAAAUGGCUUUGUGGGAUGGUUUGAAACAUCAGCAAAGGAGAACAUAAACAUAGAUGAAGCUGCCAAUUGCCUGGUGAAGCACAUCAUCUCCAUUGAAAAUGAUAUUCUGCAGUCAGAGGAUCCAGAUACAAUUUCACCUGAGCUCAGGUCCUCAAAAAAUUACACCUGCUCAGCCUGCUCUACAUCCUAGAACUAUCCAGAUAGCUAUGUGGCAAUUGGGUGGAUGACAGAGGUGUUCGGUUCAGAAUAAAGUAUUUGACCGAUAUGUAUUUCUAUCUGAGGCCUUCAAUGUGUGAUUCUAAAAAAAUACAACACAACAUUGCAAGACACAAAACAUCAGAGAACUUAAUUAUGAAACCUAAAAAAAGUGAGGAAAAAAUGUAAUAUAUUAAAAGAGCCAAGUUAAGUUUCAUAACCGGGUGGGCUGAAAGGCCUCCUUUUAUUUGUAAGCUUUAUUGUAUUUAUUUUUUCCAGCGAAGGGUAUUCCCUGAUCUACACUAAUGAAUGUACAGUACUACCAAAACAGGCUCCUUGGCAUAUAAUGCCACCCAGAGAUGCUUUUGCAGAACAAAAACAUCAAAACCCUUAUUUUAUCAUUUAAAAGAAGGUAUUCAGUAAUGUGGGGAGUACCGUACAUAACAAGAAAUAAAAGUUAGAAAACAUCAUGCUUUUGGUUUCCAGAACAAUAUGAAAUAAAAAUUUGUAUUUAUUUGUUUAUUUAUUUUUUUGUCCUGGGAGGUCAUUCUCAAGAGACUGACAUUUCAACAGUUGUUAGAUUAUUAGUUGUAUGAAUUCUUGGAUCAUGGAUACAGGCUACUAAACAAUCAGUAGUCUAAAACAUAAUGUGUUUUUGAAAAAAAACAAAACAAAGGACAAGAGGUAUCAGAUUUUACACUUCUGAGGUAAAGCCUUUAGAAACAAACCCUUGAGAAGACUUCAGAGAUACAGUAUCUACAUCUGUGCUACAACAAAAAACAAAGUAUCUACACACAUCACUGAUACUCCCUCUGAGAGAUUCCUAGGAUUCCUACUGUAUAAGGUGUGCUUGUGUUUACAUCUGUACCUUCACAAAAAGCCAAGGACAUUUCAAGACAUUUAAUUCUUCAUUUUUUGUCUUCAGGGACUAAGGUUGUUUGUGUAUGUGUAUGUAAUUUACUCAUUACCUUUACAUAUGAAUUAGCUGAAAAAAAAUGUUAAACCAUUGUAUUUGCUAAACCAUUUAGAUUAUAUGAGUACAUGUACAGUAAAUACACAAAUGUAGCAGUUUUAUACUAUUUUCUUUAACUAUUUGUGUGCUGAGAACAUUAAUUAGAAUUCAACUGAUGGUAUGUCAGUAGCUAAGCAAAAGUGUACAGUAUAUAAAAUCUACAGUAUAUAUGAAAUACAUCACAUCAUCACUAAUUGGAUAGUUUUGUUUAAAAAUGUAGAUAUGUAGCUAUUUACCCACUCUGUGUUAGCUUUAUUAUCACUGUUCAUUGAGAGCAUUUGAAAGUUAUUUCUUACAUAAGGCUUAAGUCCUGGGGAUCUCUAGAACUGACAGUGUUGCUUAAUUGUUUUGUAUUUUGUCUUCUGCUACUGAAAACAUUACCAAGGGUGUGUGAGAGUUUCUAUAGCAACAGAGAAGCAGCCUGGAGAGACCAAUGUACAGUUUUCAUGGUGCUUUUUUUACUGUAAGCUACUGUACAUUUUAAGAGCAUUGUCAGAUCAUGGUAGAAAUACUGUAUCAGAUAAAAUGAACAAGAAAUCAUUGAAGUGAAUAAAGUAGGUGGUUAUAGUGUU